AACAAUCAGCGAUCGUCGAUGCAGAGUGACGCUGCUGCAGGCGAAGGAGCGUGUGCACCCAGGAGCAGCCCUGACUUCUUGGGAGUUGAGGAGAGAGGGAGGCAAAGAGGAGAAGCUCCAGCCCACCACCAGCAUGUCCCCAGGGGCCUUCAGUCUGCUCGUGUGCCGGCCCCUCCUGCUGCUCAGUACAGCUGUGGCUCCCUAUCAACCCCUGACCAGCUGGGAUCUCAACCCUGCCAGAGAGGCGUGUUGGGGGAAGCUCUCCACCACUCUUCAUUAACUCUUCAUUAGGUGAACCACUCAGAUCCUCAACUCCCGCUACCUCUCGCGCGGCACUCCAGAGAUUCCCUCCAGAGAGAUGGACGUGGCACCCAGGGCCCUGGUGCUUCUCCUGCCCCUGGCGCUCACCCUGCUCAGCCUGUCGCCUGCGCCCGCUCUGGGAGGAUGCCCGUCUGCUUGCCGGUGCUCUUUUGCCAUGCUGCAGUGCCUAGAGCCCAACGGGAUGAGCAGCAUCCCGCCACUGGCGCCUCAAGAGAGUGACAACGUGACAGAAAUCUACAUUGAAAACCAAGCAGGUCUGGAGAAUAUAACAGACAUCGACUUUAUCCACUACAGAGAGCUGAAAAAUCUCACCAUCACUUCAUGUAAACUGAGGUUAAUUUCUGCAAAUGCUUUUCAAAACAACCUCAAGCUGCAGUAUGUGAACCUGGCAUCCAACUCGCUGGAACAUAUCAGCUGGAGAGUGUUUCAUUUUCUGCCUCUGCUCAACCUGAUUUUACGGGAGAACCCUCUGGUGUGCUCCUGUGACCUCUUCUGGCUGCAGCAGUGGCAGAACAACAACCUUGGCGAGGUCUACAGCCAGAUGUUGUUCUGCCUGUCCGACGAUGAGGAAGUCCCCCUCAGCUCUCUGCUCAUCGAUAACUGCACGUUGCCUGAGGUGACUAUUCACUCAACUCAACUGAAGACCCGGGAGGGAGGAAACCUCACGUUUGAAUGUCACGUGACAGGAAGUCCCACCCCCAAAGUGAGAUGGCAAACUGAAAAACUUGCCUCUAACGCUACUAUCCAGGAGAGAAUCGUGGGCUCCACGAUAAUUCUGGCGCUUCAGCUCACCAACAUCUCCGCGAAGGACAACCAGCACAACCUGACGUGUGAGGCCGAGAACCAAGCUGGGCCCAACGAGGGGAUGGUGCAAUUGGACAUUGAGUUUCCAGCAAAGAUCAUCUUCCUGAAAGACGCUAUCCAGCUGCACCACUGGUGCUUCUCGUUCGCUGUGGAUGGCAAUCCCGAGGCAAACAUCACCUGGCUCUACAAUGGUGCCCCAAUCAUCGAAGGACAAUUUGUAUUCACAGAGUUUUUCCAAGACCCAACGGACGGGUCAAAGAAGCACGGCUGCCUUUCCCUCAACAAGCCGACCCACAUGAACAACGGCUUCUAUACUCUGAUUGUGGAGAACAAACUGGGAAGGGACGAGGCCACUGCUAUCGGGACAUUUAUGGACAAUCCUUUCGGGCCCUCGAAUCCUGACGGGGCGUUCGCAGUCUCUAAUGGGAGUCUAAGUCCUACAAACACACCGACUAUAGACGUCACAGAGAAUCCAGAGAGUCGGGCAUUCGUGGUGUAUGUUGCUGUGGGCCUCGCGGUGUUCGCCUGCACCUGUCUGCUCAUCAUAGUUCUGGUCAUUAACAAGUACGGCCAGCAGUCCAAGUUUGGCAUCCACCGCUCAUCAGUUCUUGGUACCGAGGAUGACCUGGCCGUCUCACUCCGCUUCCUGAACUUCGGAACCAGCCCACCUUCCUCGGAUGAAGACUCUGGUUUGUCAAGUUUUGUGGAGAACCCGCAGUACUUCUGCGGUAUCAUCAAGGACAAAGACAUGUGUGUGCAGCACAUUAAGCGGCAGGACAUUGUGCUGAAGUGGGAGCUAGGUGAAGGAGCGUUUGGCAAAGUCUACCUGGCAGAGUGCGCCAACCUCAGCCCCGACAGCGACAAGAUGCUGGUUGCCAUUAAGACUCUGAAGGAUGCAAACGAGUCGACCCGGCAGGACUUCCAGCGGGAGGCAGAGCUGCUGACGGUCCUCCAGCAUCAACACAUUGUGCGAUUCUACGGCGUGUGCACAGACGGAGAGCCGCUGGCCAUGGUGUUUGAGUACAUGAGGCAUGGAGACCUCAACCGCUUCCUCCG